UGCCCAGAUGAUUUAAGACACCGAAGAGUUGGUAAAAUAUUUCUUUUGAUUUAUUUGGAGUUAGAAAUUACCAUUGGGGUAAAACGUGUUAAUUUUUUGAUAUCAAUUUAAAUUUAAAUUUGAAAAAAUAAUAAUAUUAAAUUUAUGAAUUUAAUAUAAAAAUAAUUUAUUUUAUAAUUAAAAUAAUAGAUAAACAAAUAUAUAAUUAACUAAAAAUAGUUAUGGAGACUCCAGCAAGUACAUCGACUACUAAAUUUUAUACUCGUGCCGAAGUGGCUAAACACAAUGACAGUAAAAGUACAUGGUUUAUUAUUCACAAUAGUAUUUAUGACGUUUCUAAAUUUUUAAAUGAGCACCCUGGAGGGGAAGAGGUUUUACUUGAACAAGCAGGUAAAGAUGCUACAGAACCUUUCGAAGACGUAGGUCAUUCAAGCGAUGCUAGACAAAUGAUGGAACCCUACAAAGUCGGAGAACUAAACGAGGAGGAAAGAGAUACAUCAUACGAUAAGAAAAAAAAUAGUAACUGGGCAAGUAAUGGUGAUAGUGAUGAACCUAGUGGCUCCUGGAGUUCAUGGCUCAUUCCUGUCGCUUUGGGGAUUCUUGCAACCGUCGUUUACCGCUACUUCAUCGCUACUCGUUAAUAUAUUAAAUAAAUAUAAAAAAAACAUUCCCAAAUAUACACAAGAAGAGAUUAUGAGAUAGCGAAAACAUCACGAGAAGGAAGGAAGGAAGAAAUGAAGGAUCACAAGGGAAGAGAAGAAAAAAAAAUUGUUUUGUUUUCUUUACGUCCAUUGUUAUUGCUUGUCAUAUAAACAAUUGUUAAAAAAAAAAAACAUUUUUAGUUAUUUUUACUCUAAUAUCUAAUUUAGACCUACUGUAAGUAUUUUUUUAUAAUGGGUAUUCUAAAUAUAUAAAUAUUAUGGAACAUUAAUAUUGUGCUGAAGAAUCUAACAAGAAAAUCAAUAUAUAUAUACAUAUAUAUCUAUAUCUAUAUAUAUUUAAAUACAAUUACGUAUAACAGAUAACAGAUCUGCAGUAGAGUGACUGAGCCAGUGAAUGAGCGCGUAUUUUAAAAUAUUUUAAUAUAGAAGGAUGCAACUAAAUUAGAAUCCAAGUUCUAAAAGUUGUUAAUCGAAUGAAGUAUUUUCUUUAGUAGUUGCAAUUAAAAUCUAGUGAUGGAAGUAAAAAUAACGUUCAUUUACUGGGCAGGUUCAUUCGCUGAACCGAUUGCCCUAUUAUUAAUUAAUGAUGUGAACUUUUAAUUGAUAACUAUUGAAUCCUAUGGGUAUGCGUUCAUUGAUAAAUAAAUUAAAUUAAUUGUUACAAUCUCGA